AAGACAUUCAACAUGAGUGGACGUGGGAAAUCUGGGAAAGCCCGCGCUAAGGCCAAGACUCGCUCCUCCCGGGCUGGGCUCCAGUUCCCUGUCGGCAGAGUCCACAGGCUGCUGAGGAAGGGCUACUACGCCGAGCGAAUCGGCGCCGGGGCUCCGGUCUACCUGGCCGCUGUGCUCGAGUAUCUGACCGCUGAGAUCCUGGAGCUGGCCGGAAACGCCGCCCGCGACAACAAGAAGACGAGGAUCAUCCCCCGCCACCUGCAGCUGGCUGUCCGCAACGACGAGGAGCUCAACAAGCUGCUGGGCAGAGUCACCAUCGCGCAGGGCGGAGUGCUGCCCAACAUCCAGGCGGUGCUGCUGCCCAAGAAGUCCGAGAAGCCCGGCAAGGCAAAGUAAAGGAGAUCUGCCGACUUUUCACGCCAACGGCUCUUUUCAGAGCCACCCACCUCCAACUACAGAGCCUUCCUGAAUUAGAGAUUAAUGUGAACCAUGUUCAAUUGAAGUUUCUGAAACGGAAGCGUUCAUUGUUCUCCUUAUUUUUUCUCACUAUAGUGGGGCCGUUUUUAAUCACCGUGACGUCUUUGAAGUGAUCGGAAACGCGGCCACUGUGGCUUCACCACGCAAACACUAGGAGGCGCUAGCGCUCUGCUCUUAUCUGCUUAUUUUAACUUUUUCUAAUUCAUUUUCAUGAAGUGACAGAAUAAACAGAAGUUAGUUUCGAGGGCGACAGGCUUGUAGGUGUGAUAAAAUAAAUGGAGUGUUUAGGUUUGUUGUUUUACUACAUACACUACAUAUGUGCUUUUGAAAUGGCCUUAAUCGAUGAGGUUUC